GAGAGAGAGAAGGAAAUGGAGAGAGAGGACUUUCCCGAGGUAGAGACCUACAUAUUCCAUGGGGCCAAUGAGACGGCGCAAUGUGGCAGCACGGAUCCUCCGUCCUCCUCUGGUCCGGGUAGUCCGGUCUCCGUUCCGUCCACGGCGCCGCCGCUCUGGGACGGCGGGACGAGCGGGAAUCCAAAGGCGGCUCUCGCCGGCGUAGAACGCGCUGCGAGAACUCAGUUGCUCACGAGCAUCCGCCGACUCAUGAACAUGGCAUCCCACACGUUGAACAGUACGAGUGCCGUGCUCGCGAUGUGCCGUAAUGCACUCUUCCUCAUGGUGGCGGUCGUGGUCCUCGCCAGGGCCAACAGCGCCGAAAAUGGCCUCAAGGUGGAGAAGCUCUACAUGCCCGAGGUAUGCGACGUCAGGUCGAAGAAGGGUGACCAGCUGACCAUGCACUACACCGGCACGCUGCAGGACGGUAGCAAGUUUGAUUCAAGUUUGGACAGAGAUCAACCAUUUACCUUCCAGCUAGGUGUUGGACAAGUUAUCAAAGGAUGGGAUCAAGGUCUUUUGGACAUGUGUGUAGGCGAGAAGAGGAAGCUGACGAUACCACCUGAACUUGGGUAUGGCGACAAGGGUGCCGGAAACGUUAUUCCUGGUGGUGCUACUCUUACGUUCGAAGUUGAGCUCAUGAACAUUAGCGAUUCUCCUCCAACCGCCAACGUUUUCAAGGAAAUCGAUGCCGAUAAAGACAACCAGCUGUCCCGCGAGGAGGUGAGCGAUUACUUGCGAAAGCAGGUAAUAGAGGCCGAGCAGGCCGGCGCCGGCGAGAACGACGACGUAAAGAAGAUGUUGGCCGACCAUGAUAAGCUUGUGGAGGAAAUUUUCCAGCACGAAGACAAGGACAAGAACGGCUUCAUUUCCCACGACGAAUUCAGUGGGCCGAAGCACGACGAGCUUUGAAGCCUUCGUCCCGCACCGUCGCGUCUCCGAGCGGCCGUUGUCGGCGCCGUCAUUGCUCUCGCCGUUGACGACGCCGUCGUAUCCCGCGCCACCACGUGUUCACCUCUGUAUAAAAUCACCUCUUCGAGCCCGCUCUCGGGGAUUCCCAAAGGAUCCAUUGAUCGAUUGUCCCGAGCACACGCGUACGCAAACUCGCAAGACCAACCAACGGAUUUAUCAGGAAACUUCUCCGACACUAGCAGCAACGAGAGAGGGAUGCGCCCUUCGGGAAUCUCCGACUCGUCGGGUCGCAUUCGUGUCCUUGAUCGCGGGAGACUUCCGGGAGUAAGUGGACAUUCGACGAGAGAUCGACAACGAAAAAUACAGGGAAAAUCCGUAAAGUGAAACUGAGUUUCUCGGGGCUGCGGGAGAUUCGGAAAAGUCACCCGCAACCUCGCGGACUGUCCGACGGCUCUAAAUCUGAGUAGAGUUUCAAGAUUUUCCGAUUUUUGAGACCUUCGCUUGGAGGAUACGAUUGCGUUCGCUCGGAAUGAGAAUCGCGACGACAUCCCGCGAACUACAUACGCACAGCAUUAACUUGAGAACCUGCAGAAAGAAUCUCGAUCGACUUCCGGCGUAAUCGCCACUUGAACCCCUGAUCCUGGCACAGUUUACUAGGAAUAUCUGCGAAUCGUUCGUUAUUUUGUUUUUAUCUUUAUAAUAAUUUUGAUAUAAAGUAUAUAAGAUUUUAUAUUUUAAUGUUAAUGUUUGCUAUUAGUUAAUUUUUAUAUGUAUUUUAUAUGGAAUGGAAUUUCCGUCUUAAUUGAUUACAAAUUAUUUACAAAAUAAUCAAACUUCAGUUAUCGUUUCUUAUCAGAUAAAAUUGCUUUUAAUAGAAAAUAAAGUUCCCGGUAUUAAAUCGCGACAUAUAUCAUUGUCAUUGCUAAUUUCUGAAUAAUGUAUUUGAUUCAUUUUCUUUUAUACUACUUUAAAGAUCCACAAAAUCUUAUAAAAACCCAACACGGAAAUUUCCCGGGUAUUCCUAGGCAGAAAACGACAUUCCGGCGCAACGACGCUGUUGUACAUUUUAAUACGAUAUCACAACAAAAGAAACGGAAAAUGCACGAAUGCCUGCUCGAGUGACUGUGCACUGUCGUGGCGUGAAAUGAGAGGCUGUUCCGCGCUAUAUAUAUAUAUAUAUAUAUAUUAUUAUAUGAAUAUAAAGAGAGAAAGCGAGAGAUUGAUGAUAGAGAACGAAAGAACAGUGUGACGGAGAGAGUGUUUUUUCUACAUGAUUAUAAAUGUUAGUGUAAUUCAAAGCAUCGACGCGCAUAUGGUGCUGAAAAUCACACGCAUUCUGUCCUCUCAAAGCUUCCCUCACGAUUUCCCUUAUCCCAGCCAUAACGAUUCCUUGCUCGAGAGUCGCGCGUACGAUAUUCACAUCAGGAAACGAGAAGAGGAUGACAAGGAAGAAGAGGAAGAAGAAAUAUCCUGAGUAUGUGCAGUGCAGAUGAAUGUGGUCGCUCUUACGCGAGCCUUCCUUAUCGUCGCUAUCAUUAUUACAUUUUAACUGAUACGUUUUUAUUAUCACAUUAUAUUGUAUGUUGUUAAAGUUGGAUGAAGGUUACUAAUAAAUCGUGUGUCUCGAGCACAGUUUGUUAUAUAACCACCUCUUUCAAUUUCUGCAUCCCCGUCUGAACUAACAUUCACACACGCGCGGCUUAUAAUUCUGGGAAGAAUAUUCGAAAUAUUUCUACAACCCGCAAUUAUUUUUAUACUUAAAAUUUUCUCUUAUUCGGAAUUCCUUUCUAUGCUACUUAAUCUUUUAGCAAGAAUAAAAAUUACCGUUGAUUCUAUGUAACAAUUAUUUAACAACUAGCUUGUACUUUUUAUACUGAUUACAUUCAUUACAUUGGUAAUUGUA